AUGGGUUUGAUGACGAUAUUAAAGAAAUUAAAGCAAAAGGAGAAAGAGAUUAGGGUUCUAAUUUUGGGGCUGGAUAAUGCAGGAAAGACGACAAUUGUCAAGAAAUUUAAUGGAGAGGAUAUUUCUACAAUCGCUCCAACACUUGGUUUCAGUAUCAAUACCCUGGAGUAUAUGGGUUACAGAUUAAACGCUUGGGAUGUUGGUGGUCAGAGUUCUCUCCGAUCCUACUGGCGGAACUAUUUCGAAACAACAGAUGCACUUAUAUGGGUUGUGGACAGUUCUGAUAGACUACGGUUGGAAGAUUGUCGAGAGGAACUGGGGAAGCUACUUGUGGAAGAACGUUUAGUUGGAGCAACUCUUUUAGUACUUGCUAACAAGCAGGAUCUAUUAGGUGCUCUGAAGCCGGCUGAGAUAGCAGAUGCUCUUAAUCUCAGAAAUAUUACAACUCAUCACUGGAGUAUCUAUGGCUGUAGCGCAGUAACGGGUGAAAACCUUCUUGAGAGCGUCGGUUGGCUUAUCAAGGAUGUUUCCUCACGUAUUUUCUCCGCCGAAUAG